AUGACCAAAAAGAAGAUGCUACAACUCGAGCAGAAGCGCACCAACAUCCUAGCGGCGCUGGAUCGGUGCGAGGAAUUCUCCCAGAACUGCGAUGCUGAAAAGGACCACUAUGAAAUCACCCUUCGGAUCGAAAGCAUGGACAAAUUAUGGAGCUCGUUCGAGGAUGUGCAAUCUGACAUCGAAUGCCACGAUGAAUCCAUCCAGGGGGAACCUCAACAUAUGGCUACGCGCGAGAAAUUUGAAUCGAAGUUUUUCCGUGUAAAGGGCGUGCUGCUGUCGAAAAUACCGGAUACGCCGAACCCACAUAGCACGCAUCAGCAAUCUCAACCGAAUUCAUCGCAUCUAGCUGCAGUCAAAUUACCGACCAUCAACCUUCCUGAAUUCAGCGGGGACUACAACCAGUGGUUAACGUUCCAUGAUACAUUCAUCGCCUUAAUCCACUCUUCCACCGAACUUUCGACCGUGCAAAAAUUCCACUAUUUGCGGGCGGCGGUAAAAGGCGAGGCGGCUCAACUGAUCGAAUCGCUCACCAUCAGCUCCAUGAAUUAUGCUGUGGCAUGGCAGGUUUUGGUCGACCGGUAUUCGAACACCUAUUUGCUGAAAAAAACGCCACCUUCAGACGAUGUUGGAUCACCCUAA